AUGGCAGAGGUAUCAGAUGAAACCAUCCAGCAGUUUAUGGCAUUGACCAAUGUGUCGCAUAACAUAGCCGUGCAAUACCUCUCAGAAUUUGGAGAUUUGAAUGAGGCGCUGAAUUCUUAUUAUGCUUCUCAAGCAGAUGACGAAAAAGAUAGAAGAGAGGAAGCACAUUGGAACAGACAGCAAGAGAAGGUCCCCAAGCAGGAGGCCUUAUCCUCCAUAAACUCUUUAAAGAAGGCUAUAGAUGAGGAGAAUGUUGGUGGGUUAGGUUCUAAGCCAGUGCUUUCACAAGGUAGCAACGAGUACUUGAAAAGAAAAAGCUCUACCUCUCCUGAACCAGCCAAGGGUAACAGCCGCUCUGGAAGUGGUAAUAGCUCCAGGUUUAUGAGCUUUUCGGACAUGGUAAGGGGUCAAGCUGAUGAUGAUGAUGAAGAUCAACCAAGAAAUACUUUUGCUGGUGGUGAAACAUCUGGCUUAGAAGUUACAGAUCCUUCAGACCCAAAUUCAUUACUGAAGGACUUGCUGGAAAAAGCGAGAAGAGGUGGACAAAUGGGCGCUGAAGACGAAUCCCGUGAUGAUGAAGAACAUGAAGUUGGUGCCAACCGGUUUGCUGGAAGAGGUUUUAGAUUGGGCUCAACUAUCGACGCAACCGAUCAAGUUGUAGAGGACAACACUUCUCAACCACAACGUAGAAAACCCGAAAAAGUCACAAGGGAAAUCACAUUUUGGAAGGAAGGUUUUCAAGUGGCCAAUGGUCCACUCUAUCGCUAUGACGACCCGGCGAACAGUUUCUAUUUGAGCGAGUUAAACCAGGGGAGAGCUCCAUUAAAGCUUUUGGAUGUGGAAUUUGGACAAGAAGUUGAGGUCAAUGUAUAUAAAAAAUUAGACGAACCCUAUAGAGCUCCCAAGAGAAAACUGGGCGGCUUUUCAGGCCAAGGUCAGAGACUGGGAUCACCUAUUCCAGGUGAAUCCUUAUCACCGGCAGAGAUUCCAAGGGAUGAGACACCUGUCGCUCAGGAACAAUCCAAGCCAGACAAUGAGCCAAAAAAAGGUGACACCUCCAUUCAAAUUAGGUACGCAAACGGUAAAAGAGAAGUUUUGCGUUGCAGUUCUACAGAUACAGUGAAAUUUUUAUAUGACCACGUAACAUCGAAUCCGAAUACUGACACAUCAAGGAAUUUCACCUUGAAUCAUGCAUUUCCUAUCAAACCAAUAAGCAACGAUGAGACAACGUUAAAGGAUGCUGAUUUGUUAAACUCAGUAGUCGUGCAAAGAUGGGCAUGA